UUCCCACGUUUUUCUCUUGUGGUAAUGGCGUUGCUCGUCGAGCGACCGAGCGCCUUCUGGAUCGAGGUGCGCUUCCAGGCAUGGAUCGCGCUCCCCAUGGUCGGCGUCACGCUCCUCCAAUUCGCCGUCACGACCGUGGCGAUCAUGUUCGUGGGGCAUCUGGGAGAGCUGGAGCUCGCGAGCGCCGCGAUCGCUGGAUCGCUGGCCAAUGUCACCGGCUACAGCAUCCUGCUGGGGCUGGGGAGCGCUCUCGAGACUCUUUGCGGCCAGGCCUAUGGCGCCAAGCUCUACACGCGCCUUGGGGUCUACUUGCAAAGGGCCGUCUUCAUCGAGUUCCUUGCCGCCAUUCCAAUCGCGAUUGUGUGGUUCUUCAUGGAGCACGUCCUCUUGUUCUUUGGCCAAGACCCUGAGAUCUCCAAAAACGCCGGGGUUUUCGCGAGAUACUUGCUGCCGGAGCUCUUCGCGUUCGUGCUGCUCCAGCCGCUGGACAAGUUCCUCCAGUCGCAAAGCCAGGUCUACGUGAUGCUCGGGGCCUCGUUCGUGAAUUUGCUGCUCAACGCUUUGUUCUGCUGGGUGUCGAUCUACAAGCUGGGGAUGGGAAUCAAAGGGGCGGCACUAUCGGCGAGCCUGGCGAGCUGGAUCAACGUAGCAGUUCUUUCCACGGUGGUGGCGUGCACACCCGCUUGUAGGCGUUGCUGGGGUGGACUCUCGAUGGAAAUGUUUCGAGACCUCAAACAGUUCAUGGCUCUCGCCAUUCCUUCUUUGCUCAUGCUCUGUUUGGAAUGGUGGUCACUUGAGGCUCUUGUUUUACUCUCAGGGCUGCUGCCAGAUCCUCAGCUCGAGACCUCCACCUUCACAAUUGUAUUGAACACGAUCCAAAUUUUCUUCAUGAUCGCUUAUGGCUUGAGUACUGCUGCAAGUGUCCGUAUAAGCAAUGCGCUAGGAGCUGGAGAGACGAAUGCAGCGAAGCUGGCAUUCAAAACAUCCAUAUUCUUUGCAGCCAUUGACGCUGUACUCGUGAGUACUAUUCUGUUCCUGGCCAGGCACAAGCUGGGGCACCUGUUCAGCAACGAAGCCGAGGUUGUGAGCUCCGUUUCUAGGCUGAUGCCGUUCGUUGUUACAAUCAGUAUUGUGGAUGCGUUCCAAGGGGUUGUCUCAGGUGUUGCUCGCGGAUGUGGAUGGCAAGCUUUUGCCGCGUUUGCCAACCUUGGCUCUUAUUACGCUGUUGGAUUGCCCGUGGCUUACGUGCUGGCCUUCGUUCUACACAUGAACGGAAAGGGCCUGAUCAUUGGGAUUUUGUGUGGCCUUUCGACGCAAGCGAUCUCACUGCUCACUAUUGCUGUAAGAACCAACUGGAACAAGCAGGCACAAAAGGCUUCGGAGCGAAUGCAACUGGUCACACCGUUACUGAGUUGAUACCGAGUGUAACACUGUCACCUGCAUUUUUACUCGCGCAGGGAAGAAAGAAAUUCAAUAGUUAGUUCUUCAAAUAUCCA